CUCCAUCGCCUACGUAACUCAUCCUCUCUUCCGCUACCUCCUGACCCCAACUUCUUCCCCUUUAUCGGAACCAUCUGGUGGCUCCGACAAGGCUUAGGUGGUCUCAACACCUACCUCCGCUCCGUCCACCACCGUCUCGGCCCAAUCAUCACCCUCCGCAUCACUUCCCGUCCGGCCAUAUUCGUCGCCGAUCGUUCCCUCGCUCACCAAGCUCUCGUGUUAAACGGCGCCGUUUUCGCGGAUCGUCCACCUGCGGCUCCCAUCAGCAAAAUCGUGUCCAGCAAUCAGCACAACAUCAGCUCCGGGUCUUACGGGGCCACGUGGCGUCUUCUUCGAAGAAACCUGACUUCGGAGAUUCUCCACCCUUCCCGCGUGAGGUCUUACUCCCACGCUCGCCGUUGGGUUCUCGAUAUCCUCUUCGAUCGGUUUCGCAGGCAUGAUGGAAGCGAAGAAGAAGCCAUCGUUGUUGUCGAUCAUCUUCACUAUGCGAUGUUCGCGCUUCUGGUUCUUAUGUGUUUUGGAGAUAAGCUUGAUGAGAAGCAGAUCAAAGAGGUGGAGUUUGUUCAGAGGAGACAGCUUCUUAGCUUUUCGAGGUUCAAUAUCCUUAACCUCUGGCCUAAGCUAACCAGAUUGAUAUUCCGAAGUCGAUGGGAAGAGUUUCACCAGAUGCGGAGAGAGCAAGGAGAUGUUCUGCUUCCUCUGAUUCGUGCUCGUAGAAAGAUCGUUGAAUCGAGGAUGAAGAAUCACAAAGACUACGUGCAAUCGUAUGUGGAUACUCUGCUGGAUCUUGAGCUUCCGGAAGAGAAGAGAAAGCUAAACGAAGAAGAAAUCGUGAGCUUAUGCUCCGAGUUUCUCAACGGUGGGACCGACACGACAGCUACGGCGUUGCAGUGGAUCAUGGCGAAUUUGGUGAAAAAGCCGGAAAUCCAAGAGAGACUAUACGAGGAGAUCAAAAGCGUUGUUGCCGGAGAUGAAGCAAGGGAGAUUGAGGAAGAAGAGGCACACAAGAUGCCCUACCUCAAGGCCGUGGUGUUGGAGGGUCUCCGGAGGCAUCCUCCUGGACAUUUCGUGCUACCCCACAGCGUCACUGAGGACACUGUCCUGGGAGGGUACAAGGUACCCAAGAGAGGGACUGUUAACUUCAUGGUGGCAGAGAUUGGUAGAGAUCCGGCGGUUUGGGAUGACCCAAUGGAGUUUAAGCCUGAGAGGUUCAUCGGAGAAGAAGAACCGGUUGAUAUAACCGGAAGUCGGGGGAUAAAGAUGAUGCCGUUUGGAGCGGGGAGGAGAAUCUGUCCAGGGAUAGGGCUGGCUAUGCUGCACUUGGAGUACUAUGUGGCCAAUAUGGUGAAGGAGUUUGAGUGGAAGGAAGUCAAAGGUUAUGAAGUUGACUUGACCGAGAAGCUCGAGUUCACUGUCGUUAUGAAGCAUCCGCUUAAGGCUCGUGCUGUGCCCAGGAGAAGUUAAUCGUGUUCGAUUCUCUUCUUUGGUUUAGUUUAAUCUUCUCAAGAUAUGAUCAUAUGACGCAAUGUGUACUUUGUUUGCUGGAGUAGAUGAUAAAAAAUAAAAGUUUUAUUUUCCUCUGCCCAUAUGUAACGUAAAAGGUCACUGCAACUAAUUCCUGCAGUGUUUUGUUUGUAUGGUGGGUCUAGAAUAGUGGGAUUGUUAAGCGAA